GCUGCAGCUCCGAAAUGGGAAUGCAUUUGCAUCUGCUGCUCUUGCAGUACUAUUUCGUGUCGAGUUUUGUGUGCAACGCCGUCGCGUUUGUGGAGGAGCCCGCCGGGGGGAGGUCGGACGGGUACUGCGGGCGGAUACUCCGGGCGCAGACGCAGGGGACCCGGAGGGAAGGGCACCAUGAGUUCAGGCUCAGAAUGGAGGGGGACCCGGAAACCUACCUCCCCGGCAACACGUACAGAGUGUCCCUCCUGGCGUCCAGCCCUGCUUACUUCAGAGGCUUCACUCUCAUUGCGCUGAAGGAGGGCAGAGAGGGCACCACGGACGACGACUACGCCGGCCAGUUCCAGAACCUCGCCUCGUACGCCCGAGCGCUCCAGAACUCCAUACACCCGGUCAGAAUUGUCCACAGCUUCUGCCUCAUUCCCUCGCCCAUUGUCAGCGAGCCAUGA